UAUCGGAACACAGCCUAUGUAUGACGUUGUCAGGUGUCAAUUUCUCUUGCAUUAUAUUUUAUCUGUUCGUUUGUUCGAACGGUUUGCUAUCAGAAAAACAUUUUCUUAUUUUUCUCUCGUGUAAAACUAGAAUUUUAAAUAUUUGCUAAAAUCGUAUUAUGAUGACAUCUGUGCUAUAAUUUAUGUUUAAAAGUGAAUAAAAUAAACGAUAACAAUGAGUAAGCAUAUGUAUUCCACGGCAAACCUAACCGAUAAGGAGCUGAAAGAACAAGGAAACAGAUUGUUUAGCUUACGUAGAUUUGAAGAUGCUAUGAACUGCUACACGAAGGCUAUAAUAAAAAAUCCAUCAGUUUCAACAUACUAUACGAACAGGGCACUAUGUCAUCUAAAGAUGAAGAGAUGGGAGGCCACGUGCCAAGACUGUCGACGAGCUCUUGAUAUAGACAGUAACCAAGUCAAGGGACACUUUUUCCUAGGACAGGCUUUAGUUGAACUGGAAUGCUAUGACGAAGCCAUUAAACACUUACAUAGAGCUAACGAUCUAGCUCGUGAACAGAAGCUGAACUUUGGAGAUGAUAUUGCAGCACAGAUCCGUGUUGCCAGGAAGAAAAGAUGGAAUGUCCAAGAGGAAAAGAGGAUAUCUCAAGAAAUUGAACUACAGACUUAUUUAAAUAGGUUAAUAAAUGAAGAUAUGCAACGUCGAAUAGAAUCGAUAAAGUUAGAGAACAUUAACGAAGAAGAAACGAAUAGCAAAAUCGCUAAGGUUGAAGAGGAAUGUAAUAACUAUGGCAGUGAGCUCAAUAAUCUGUUUUCGAAAAUGGACGAACGAAGGAGGAAACGUGAUGUACCAGAUUAUUUAUGCGGUAAAAUCAGCUUUGAAAUUCUGAAUGAACCGGUGAUAACUCCAAGCGGCAUUACAUAUGAAAAGAAGGAUAUUGAGGAACACCUAGAGAGGGUUGGACAUUUCGAUCCAGUGACACGCGUCAAGUUAACAGCGGAUCAACUCAUACCGAACUUUACAAUGAAAGAGGUGGUCGACGCUUUUCUGCAGGAUAACGAGUGGGCUCUCGAUUAUUAGACGUUUUAAUAUGAAUAAAGCUCAUUUUAAUCGUAUGAUUACGUCACUAGUGCACAGAUUAAAUUUACGAUUGUUUAUAAUUAAAAAAAAAAGAAACAAAUCGUAACUUUGAUGUAAUUGUAUUUUAAAUUUUUUAUUUGUUUGGGUA